GCAGCCGGCCAUCUUGGAUAUCCACAUCCAUAUCUCUUAGCGUGUUUGAUGCUGACGCCAGACACGCGGUUCGCAACAUCGUGCACUAUGUCCAACCGCCUUAUCGCACUUAUUACGGGAACCGCUCCAAUAAUCGUGAACUACGAUCUAGCAUCGAAGAUGGGAAUGUAGAACGGAUUUAAAAGAGUAACUGGAUUGUCGAUUACAUCCGCCUUGGAAAUGUGGGCAAAUGUACCAUGACCGCAUGGCUACAAGAACCGUGGAGAUAGAAAUGUCAGAGUUUACUCCAGUCUAACACAGUCAGUACGAUUCGCGGAAGGAAUGACCUCAAUCAGUCUUCCACAGACACGUAUUAACCCUAGCCAGAAUUUCGUAUCGAUCGCGUCGUCAAAGCUAGCUGCAUCCUACGUCCUAAUAUCGAUUGCAUCGACGCCUGAAAGGGAAGCCUGUCCACGAAGUUGUACCUCAAAUGUCCAAUCAGAGUUAACGUGCGUGCUCUUGCGGUCAACGUCUACUAUAAUUGGCGCGGGUUCGGACUCCAUAUUACAGAUCCUGUGCAGGCCAUCGACCAUGGACGCUUGUCCUACGUACGGAUUUCCUGAUUCAGCUUGGUUCGGCCGACUUUACCAGGUUCCGAUGGGCUUCGGCAUACCUACUACAGAUCCUCGUGGGCAAUUCGGAACAACCUCCGCGGCGCUUAACGUCUUAUAUCCGGGCCUGCGCUAUGCCUUUGAACCCAUGCAACCUUGGACUACUGGUACAUCCGAUCCAGGGCGCGCUAGGGCCUUGGUAGCUCGGCCAUUUUCGGCACGAUAGAGACGACACCGUGGUGACAAGUACCAUUGACAACAUAUCUCGGCUCCGCGGUGCGAGCGCCUACCCGCAAGUACACUGGCGUGUGCACAGUGCUUUAGAACGACUGAAGCCUUCGACUUGAGCGAAA